AUGUCUAAAGUACUAAGCGAGCAACUCCAACAAGACCGCGAUAACGGUUGGACGUCAAGAGCGAUGGAGUUUGAAAAGGCACGGAAAGCCUAUGCUCUACUAAAACAGUAUAGCAGCAAAAUGAAAAGAUGUUCUCCUGUCCUGAACACUGCCAUUGGAGUAACUGCUGAUGAAACAACUCUUCCAAUUUGGAGGGAACACUUCAAGACCUUGCUGAACCGGCAAGCACAGUUGGCUCCUGAACUCGAGCAUUUUAUAGGCGCAUAUAUGCGGUUAACGAGGAGCCACCGACCGAGUAUGAGGUUCUAG